CGGGGCUUAGGAACUGCCGUUGGAAUGAAUGGAGGAGUCGUGAAGUCUUUUCAACAAACAAAUGUCAGUUUCUUCCAGGAAGUCUUUAGGUUCUGAUCUCCUGGACAGAUAUCUUUUGAUUUUGAGGUGACAAGGAGCAAUGUGUCAGGAUUAUAACAAAACAUCACCCUGAUCCACACACACACACACACACACACACACACACACACAAGAACACAAACACACACAAACUAUGGGAAGUCCACAGCGAUCCACAAGAUCACACCAAGGUCACAAUAGAAACAGAUCUCCAUCUCCAGGACAAAUGCCAGCUGGUGGAAAGACCAUCGUAGAGGAUGAUCUGCAUGGUGAGACAGUGACAGUAACUGUGGAUCAGACAGAAGAAGGUCAUUUGGGCUUCAGUGUUCGUGGAGGAGCCGAGCACGGACUCAACAUCUUCAUCAGCAAAGUAGUGUCCAACAGUGCUGCAGAGCAGGCAGGUCUGUGUGUUGGAGACAAGCUUCUGGAAGUGAAUGGUGUCAGUUUGGAGAACAUCAGCAUGAGCAGUGCUGUGACAGUUCUGACAGGUCACCGGCGUCUCCGAUUGGUCCUCCAGAGAGUGGGGUGUGUCCCUGGGGUCAUAUACACCAAUGAGAAGACCACCUGGGUAGAUCUGAUCCACCGCAGGAUGGUGGUAGAAGAAGGGGGCGUGUCCCUGUCAGGAAGUCGGGAAGAUGGCGCUCUAUGUCGUACAGUUCACCUGUCUACGUCUCUCUCACAGCCUUGUCUCGGCCUCAACAUCCGUGGAGGAACAGAGUACGGCCUCGGCAUCUACAUCUCCAAACUGGAUCCAGGAGGAUUGGCUGAGCAGGGCGGGAUUAAGAUGGGGGAUCAGAUCCUGUCAGCCAAUGGUGUGAGCUUUGAGGAUAUCACUCACAGCAGAGCUGUGGAAGUCCUGAAGAGCCAACAUCACCUCACACUGACUAUCAAGGAGGCAGGGAGAUACCCAGCUUACCAGGAGCUCAUGGCCGAGUACAGCUGGAUUGAUAAACGAAGCAGUAGAACAUUCCAUUCAUCAUCGCGGGGCUCUGACUGGUCCUCCGCUUCCUCUCUGUCCUCCGGAACUCCCCUCAGCUCAGUCGCUGGUAUCUCUCAGGCCACGCUGCCUCUAUCACUGCCCCUCAGGUCUCAAAUUACUGACACUUCCAGCUUCACAGAAGCUCAGUUUCUCACAGAUCCCACAGAAAAUGAGUUCCAGAAUGAGACGAGUCUAAGCUGUGGUCCAACCGAGCUCCUGCACGACUCUGCCAUACGUAAUAAUGGAGGAGAAGGAGGAGACGAGAGAAGAGAAGGAAGAAAAACAUCUCUCCUGAUGGCACUAAGUCGACCUGGUCCACCCAUCCGCAGGACCCAAAGUCACAUGACUGUCUCAGAAGAAGAACAAAGGAAGCAAAAGAAGCAGAAAGAUGGAAGAGAAGAAGGUGGGAUCUCAUUGCAGCGUUCCAAAACCUUCCUCGGCCUACUUUGGAAGAGGAGCACAUCUAAGGAACGUUCCUUGAACGUUGAUGGUACUGCAGGAAGCAGGUCAUCUGAUCAGGAAGUUCUCAUUCAGGUGGAGGAAAUGUCCACCAAGCUACUGGACGAGGAAGACGUUGCCGUGCUGAUGGAGAUCUGUAAGCGGUAUACAGUAGAGCACGAGCUGAAGUCUUUAGUGCUUCCCCUGCUGGCCAUUCUGGACGGACCGGAGAAACUCCUGUUACUCAGGGAGAUCAGAAUGCUUGUCCCGAAGGAGGAUCUUGAGAGGUUUAACAGCAUGGUAAAACCCUUGGAAGAGGAAGCCUACGACAUAUUAAAGAGACGCUCCCGGCGGUCGUCUCCUUUGCGAUCUCCCAAAGCAGGCCACGCCCCCAAACGCCACCUCAUCACCCCUGUACCGGACCAAUGUGGUGGAUUCGAGCUCCAGGCGGCCGAGGACGUAGACAGACAGAACCGUUUGCUGGAACAACUGCAGCGUCUCCGCACUCAAUCCCAGACACCAACCAGCAAACCGGAUGACCCAAUCCCUGCAUCCUUUACCCCUCUGCUGGACAUUCCGGUAGACUCGUAUUCUCCCCUAGAAUCUCUCAAACCACCCAGAUCAUCUCCAACAGUCCCUAACUGGCUGCUGACACAAGACACACACUCUCCUCCACGCGUCAGAAGGGGGAGGUCUCCUUUCCGGAACACACACUCUGAAAAAAAAGACAAGGAUGUUUUCUUCACCGUAGUGGACACUCCUGGUCACAGGAGACCCCUUUUGUCCCAGGUCUUCGGUCCACUCAAAAGAUCGCAGAGCUCUAAAGCGCCCUCUACAGGACACAGAGAGAAUGCAGAGACACGAGAGCGUCAGGAGUACGAACUCAAAACUGUGCGCAUCAGCAAAACCAAGCGUUCACUAGGGAUCAGUAUCUCGGGUGGCGUGGAGUCCAGGGUGCAGCCCGUGGUCAAAAUCGAGAAGAUAUUCCCAGGAGGAGCCGCUUCCACGAACAACACGCUGAAGGCGGGCUUUGAGCUGGUGUCAGUAGACGGCGUAUCCCUGCAGGGCAUCACGCAUCAGGACGCUGUGGAAAUCAUCCGCCAAGCCUUCAGCAACAAACACACCGACCCCAUGGAGCUGGUGGUGAAGGUCCCUAAACCCUCCUGAGACUCCUGUUCUGCUUUACGUUCAUCUCGUCAGCUCACCACAAACAAGAGACAGCGUGAGGGGAAACACCAACACGGCUGCAUUCCAACUGCUUCUAACAUGCUCUUCUCAGGGUUCUUCUUAACCGUCUUGAACAUAAAGCUGUCAGUCACCCAGGUGAUGUUUCAGGUGUUUCAGGUUUUUCUCUUUGUCUUGGAAUUUACUUUUUCUUAUAAAACAUUUUUAUUUUUAAUAAA